AUGAAGUUCCCCGUUGUCGUGUUGGUCGCGUUCUUGGUGUCCCUGGCAACUGCGAACAAGUUCACCUACUACGUGUUUGCCCGAACUUGGUUGCCUGGUCAAUGCCGCAACAGGAAUACCCACGGCUGCGCCCCGGCAGUACUCGCGAACCACAAGACGAAGUUGACCAUCCACGGCCUGUGGCCCAACGGAAUCGAAUCCUGCCCCACCCAGCAUAGGUCCACCCUCACGGCAGACGAUAUCACCAGAGCUGGAGGAGCGGCGACGAUCUCUGCGGCCAUGCCAGGAGCCUCCAAGGCUGACAUGGCGUUUUGGACCCACGAGUGGACAAAGCACGGCACUUGCAGCAACAUGCCGGCGGCCAAGUAUUUCAAGCAAAUGUUGCACCUUCGCAACCACUUGAAGACGCCCGCAAUCUUGAACUCGUCCGCUGGCCCAGUCACAGUCACUCCGGCGUUUGGAGGAAACGCCGUGUUGAUUUGCUCCAGUCAAGGAGGAGUUCAAUACCUGACGGAAGUUCGAACUUGCCACCUAAAAAAUGCUGUGAACACAGUGUCACCGUGCCCUGGCCCUGCUCCUGGCAACGCGUGCUCGCUGGCCAACGUCGUCAUUUCGUAA